CAUCGGCCCAGUCGGCGAGGAAGGUGGAGGCCGGGUGGAGGCUGGCUGGAAGUGGAAGCAAGCGAUCCACGGUCCCUCUUUCUGUCCCUAUAGCAAAACUAACUCCCUAAUUCCUUUUCAGAUACGUCACUAUUUAUUGUCGCAAUGUUAUCACUAUUAUUUAUGUUACAGGACCGACUUGCGAUCCCGAGAGAGCAAUUUGUAGGAAAUGCGGUGAGGCUCCUAUCGAGGUGGCCCGCCUGGCUGACAACGACACUCGUGAGGUUCAGGCGAACACUUAUGACAUCGAAGGCAAUGUUAUUACCAAAGGCACGAGGAUAAUCGGCGGCGACAAGGCCUCGCCACUGGAGUACCCAUUCCAUGUGUUCCUUACAAAUAACAACGGUACAGUGAACUGCGGAGGAACCAUCAUUGCUCGAAAGUGGGUGCUCACCGCGGCUCACUGCAUGGCACCUUUAAAUGGUGACUUCUCUAAACUGCUCGUCGGCCUUGGAAGUAACUUCAGGGACAUGAUGACGUACCUGCCUGUGGUACGAGUUAUCAUACACGAAAAUUUCGUUCAAGUUCAAGACGGGGAUGACGUUGCCCUGAUUGAACUACCAUUGGAGCUCAUCUUCGAAAGCAAUGACGUGGUACAGCCAGUGUGCCUGGCCGAGGCUGAGGACUUGAUGCCUGGGAAGGAUAUGGUGACCACUGGCUGGGGAUUCCUCUUUCCAUUUGCAAACUCUCUUCCUAAUGAUUUGUUUGAAGUAAGCGUCACUCAAGUGGAUGCGAAUAUCUGCACAUACUUCACUGAGAUACCAAGCGACCAAGGGAAGGUCGUUUGCACCAUCAACAUGGCCAAAUCCACCUGCAUUGGCGACAGUGGGGGGCCGCUGGUGGUGCAGCUGUGUGAUGGACGAUGGGUGCAGACAGGAAUAACAAGCUACGGGGAGUCAGGGUGCAGCCAGCCAAGGGUGUUCGCCAGCGUCUCCUACUACAAAAACUGGAUAAUAGAUAAGAUUAAACCGACAACUAUUUGCUGAGUCGCCGAGAGAGUUACUCCUGAUCAGUUUGAGAGAAACAGCAAACCAUCUUCUUCCGGAACAUUUUUAUGACUAAUAUAACGUCUUCGUUGAACUCCUCCAUUACAAUUAUUUCUUUUAUUUAUCAUGAGUGCAGUCUAAUGCUAAAUUGUUUCACUCUUCAUAGAUGCACCCUUCAAAUUGCUAGUGAAGACUUUCCUUUGUGAAAAAUACAAACAAACAAAUGAACAUAUGAGUAAAAAAACAAUAAAAAAAACUAUUUAUCUUAA